UGCCACCAACGUCUCAAGUUACUGAUUUUCAAUGUCGUUUUAGGUGGCCAUCAAGAAAAUACAGCUUCAAGGACUGAGGAAGAAGGAACUAAAAGUCAACGAACUCAUGGUCAUGAAGGUGAAUAGAAAUCCCAACCUGGUCAACUGUUUAGACAGCUACCUUGUGGGUGAGGAACUGUCCCUGGUUAUGGAGUACAUGGAUGGAGGCACUCUGAGCAAUGUCAUCAGCCAGACCUACCUGUCUGAAGAUGAGAUGGCAGCCAUCAGUCGGGAGUGCCUGCAAGGACUGGAUUUUCUUCAUUCAUACCAUGUCAUCCACCAAGAUGUGAAGAGCAGCAACAUCCUCCUCAGAACCGACGGUUCUAUCAAGCUGGGUCAUACGCACUAA